AUGGCUCAUAUAACAGCGACCAAAAAAGCACUGAAAAAAGAACAAAGAAAGAAAAAGUCUGGAAAAAUCUGCAAAGAAGAAUUUGUUCGAUACAUGCGAUGUCCUCCAGUACAUCGCACCACCCUCAAAGAACUCGAGACGCAAUUUCACAACUUCGAUUCCGACGGCGAUGGUUCCAUAACCGAAGGUCACAAAUGGCGAAGAAACGAAACGACGGCUUUUUUGGUAAAAAAAAAUCUUGCUGCAAAACUUGCAUUUGAUGAGCAUUUUUACAAUGUGAGCACUCGUACAGAACAUACAUACGAUCACUUAAAGGACGUACUAAAUCCAGUGCAUGUGACAGUGUGUGAAAAUAAUCGAAAAGUGUGA